GAGCAGGGCUGAACAAUAGAGACAGGCAGACGGUCGAGGAGGAGAGCCAGCUGCCGCUGCUGAGGGAGAGCGGGCGCCCAGGCAGCCCGGACCCCGGCCCCAGCCCGGCCCCGGCCAGACAGCAGGCGGCCAGCGCCCGCGGGGAAGGAGGACCAUGGGGGAGCCAGCGGCAGGCGCCCCCAGCCCGCCGCGCGCCUCCGCCUGAGGGAGGCUGGGCGUCCUCUGCCCCAGCCCUGCCGCCCCAGCCGCCUGAGCCGCCCGAGCCGCCCGCCCUCGAAGCCGCGAGUCCGCUGGGUCUGCGGCCGCGGCCGCUGCGCCCCGCGCCCUCCGCCCAGCGGGCGCCCCGCAGCCCUCGGCCCCGGGCUCGGCCGGCCCCGGCUGCCCGCGGACGCCUCCCCCAGUCAUGAACCCCCCGGAGGGGGCAGCGGAGGAAGGAGGAGCAGCCGACUCGGACGUGGACGCCUUUUUCCGGACAGGGUCUUUUCGGAAUGAUGGUUUGAAAGCUUCUGAUGUCCUUCCCAUCCUAAAGGAAAAAGUGGCCUUCGUGUCUGGGGGCCGUGAUAAGCGAGGCGGACCCAUCCUGACCUUCCCUGCUCGCAGCAAUCAUGACAGAAUAAGACAGGAAGACCUGCGGAAACUCGUGACCUAUUUGGCCAGUGUGCCAAGCGAGGACGUGUGCAAACGUGGCUUCACUGUCAUCAUCGACAUGCGGGGCUCCAAGUGGGACCUCAUCAAGCCCCUUCUCAAGACGCUGCAGGAAGCCUUUCCAGCCGAGAUCCAUGUGGCUCUCAUCAUCAAACCCGACAACUUCUGGCAGAAGCAGAAGACCAACUUUGGCAGCUCCAAGUUCAUCUUUGAGACAAGCAUGGUGUCCGUGGAGGGCCUCACGAAGCUGGUGGACCCUUCCCAGCUAACCGAAGAGUUCGAUGGCUCCCUGGACUACAACCACGAGGAGUGGAUUGAGCUACGACUCUCCCUGGAGGAGUUCUUCAACAGCGCCGUGCACCUGCUGUCCCGCCUCGAGGACCUGCAGGAGAUGCUGGCCCGGAAGGAGUUCCCUGUGGACGUGGAAGGCUCGAGGCGGCUCAUUGACGAGCACACGCAGCUCAAGAAGAAGGUGCUGAAGGCCCCCGUGGAGGAGCUGGACCGGGAGGGGCAGCGGCUGCUGCAGUGUAUCCGCUGCAGCGAUGGGUUCUCUGGGCGCAACUGUAUCCCAGGCAGCGCCGACUUCCAGAGCCUGGUGCCCAAGAUCACCAGCCUCCUGGACAAGCUGCACUCCACCCGACAGCACCUGCACCAGAUGUGGCACGUGCGCAAGCUCAAGCUGGACCAGUGCUUCCAGCUGCGGCUUUUUGAGCAGGACGCCGAGAAGAUGUUUGACUGGAUAAGCCACAACAAGGAGUUAUUCCUCCAGAGCCACACAGAGAUCGGCGUGAGCUACCAGCAUGCCCUAGACCUCCAGACGCAGCACAAUCACUUCGCCAUGAACUCCAUGAACGCCUAUGUCAACAUCAACCGCAUCAUGUCCGUGGCUUCCCGCCUCUCUGAGGCCGGUCAUUAUGCCUCGCAGCAAAUCAAGCAGAUUUCCACCCAGCUGGACCAGGAGUGGAAGAGCUUCGCGGCUGCCUUGGAUGAACGCAGCACCAUCCUCGCCAUGUCUGCAGUGUUCCACCAGAAGGCUGAGCAGUUCCUGUCGGGAGUGGACGCCUGGUGCAAGAUGUGCAGUGAGGGGGGCCUGCCCUCCGAGAUGCAGGACCUGGAGCUGGCCAUCCACCACCACCAGUCCUUGUAUGAGCAGGUGACCCAGGCCUACACAGAGGUCAGCCAGGAUGGCAAAGCCCUGCUGGAUGUGCUGCAGCGGCCCCUGAGCCCCGGGAACUCUGAGUCCCUCACAGCCACGGCCAACUACUCCAAGGCGGUACACCAGGUGCUGGAUGUGGUGCAUGAGGUGCUGCACCACCAGCGGCGGCUCGAGAGCAUCUGGCAGCACCGCAAGGUGCGGCUCCACCAGCGGCUGCAACUCUGCGUCUUCCAGCAGGACGUGCAGCAGGUGUUGGACUGGAUUGAAAACCACGGUGAGGCCUUUCUCAGCAAACACACCGGGGUGGGGAAGUCGCUGCAUCGAGCCCGGGCCCUGCAGAAGAGGCACGAUGACUUCGAAGAGGUGGCUCAGAAUACCUACACCAAUGCGGACAAGCUCCUAGAAGCCGCCGAGCAGCUGGCUCAGACGGGGGAAUGUGACCCCGAGGAGAUCUACAAGGCAGCUCGACACCUGGAGGUACGCAUCCAGGACUUUGUGCGUCGGGUCGAACAGCGGAAACUUCUCCUGGACAUGUCUGUCUCCUUCCACACACACACCAAAGAGUUGUGGACAUGGAUGGAAGACCUUCAGAAGGAGAUGCUGGAGGACGUUUGUGCGGACUCAGUGGAUGCGGUCCAGGAACUGAUCAAACAGUUCCAGCAGCAGCAGACCGCCACUCUAGAUGCCACGCUCAACGUCAUCAAGGAAGGCGAAGACCUUAUCCAGCAGCUCAGGUCAGCGCCUCCCUCCCUAGGGGAGCCCAGCGAGGCCAGGGACUCGGCUGUGUCCAACAACAAGACGCCCCACGGCAGCUCCAUCAGCCACGUCGAGUCAGUCCUGCAGCAGCUGGACGACGCCCAAGUGCAGAUGGAGGAGCUGUUCCAUGAGCGCAGGAUCAAGCUGGACAUCUUCCUGCAGCUGCGCAUCUUCGAGCAGUAUACCAUCGAGGUGACGGCAGAGCUGGAUGCCUGGAAUGAGGACCUGCUCCGGCAGAUGAAUGACUUCAACACGGAGGAUCUGACGCUGGCCGAGCAGCGGCUGCAGCGCCACACGGAGCGGAAGCUAGCCAUGAACAACAUGACCUUCGAGGUCAUCCAGCAAGGGCAAGAUCUGCACCAGUACAUCAUGGAGGUCCAGGCCUCAGGAAUUGAGUUAAUCUGUGAGAAAGACAUCGAUCUGGCAGCCCAGGUGCAAGAGCUACUGGAGUUCCUUCAUGAGAAGCAACACGAAUUGGAGCUCAACGCAGAGCAGACCCAUAAGCGACUGGAACAGUGCCUCCAGCUGCGGCACCUGCAGGCCGAGGUCAAACAGGUCCUGGGAUGGAUCCGCAAUGGGGAGUCAAUGCUCAAUGCCAGCCUGGUCAAUGCCAGCUCUUUGUCCGAAGCAGAGCAGCUGCAGCGGGAACACGAGCAGUUCCAACUAGCAAUCGAGUCCCUCUUUCAUGCCACUUCCUUGCAGAAGACGCACCAGAGCGCCCUGCAGGUACAGCAGAAAGCUGAGGCACUGCUCCAGGCCGGCCACUAUGACGCUGAUGCCAUACGGGAAUGUGCCGAGAAAGUGGCCCUCCACUGGCAGCAGCUCAUGCUGAAGAUGGAAGACCGGCUAAAACUAGUCAACGCCUCUGUGGCAUUUUAUAAAACUUCUGAACAGGUCUGUAGUGUCCUGGAGAGUUUAGAGCAAGAAUACCGGAGAGACGAGGACUGGUGUGGCGGACGGGAUAAACUGGGACCAGCAGCAGAGAUCGACCAUGUCAUCCCACUCAUCAGCAAACAUUUGGAACAAAAGGAGGCCUUUCUUAAGGCCUGUACCCUGGCCCGGCGGAAUGCGGAGGUGUUCCUCAAGUACAUCCACAGGAACAAUGUCAGCAUGCCCAGCGCCGCCAGCCACACCCGGGGACCUGAGCAGCAAGUGAAAGCCAUCUUGAGCGAGCUCUUACAGCGGGAGAAUCGUGUCCUGCACUUCUGGACCCUGAAGAAGCGGCGGUUAGAUCAGUGCCAGCAAUAUGUCGUGUUUGAGCGCAGCGCGAAGCAGGCGCUGGACUGGAUCCAAGAAACAGGUGAAUAUUACCUCUCAACACAUACCUCUACGGGAGACACCACAGAGGAGACUCAGGAACUGCUGAAGGAAUAUGGGGAAUUCAGGGUGCCUGCCAAGCAAACAAAGGAGAAGGUGAAGCUUCUGAUUCAACUGGCUGAUAGCUUUGUGGAAAAAGGCCACAUUCAUGCCACAGAGAUCAGGAAAUGGGUGACCACGGUGGACAAGCAUUACAGAGACUUCUCCCUGAGGAUGGGAAAAUACCGGUACUCUCUGGAGAAAGCACUAGGCGUCAACACGGAGGACAAUAAGGACCUAGAGCUGGACAUCAUCCCAGCAAGCCUUUCAGAUCGUGAGGUCAAGCUGCGGGACGCCAACCACGAAGUCAAUGAAGAGAAGCGGAAGUCAGCCCGGAAGAAAGAAUUCAUUAUGGCUGAAUUGCUGCAGACAGAGAAGGCUUAUGUGAGGGACUUACACGAGUGCUUGGAGACCUACCUGUGGGAAAUGACGAGCGGCGUGGAGGAGAUCCCCGCCGGGAUCCUUAAUAAGGAACAUGUCAUCUUUGGCAACAUCCAGGAGAUCUACGAUUUUCAUAACAACAUCUUCCUCAAAGAGCUGGAGAAGUACGAGCAGCUGCCUGAGGAUGUGGGACACUGCUUUGUUACCUGGGCAGACAAAUUUCAGAUGUACGUCACCUACUGUAAAAACAAGCCUGAUUCCAACCAGCUGAUCCUGGAGCACGCAGGCACCUUCUUUGACGAGAUACAGCAGCGGCAUGGUCUGGCCAACUCCAUCUCUUCUUACCUAAUCAAGCCUGUCCAGAGGAUCACCAAGUACCAACUGCUCCUGAAGGAACUUUUAACUUGCUGUGAAGAAGGGAAGGGGGAGCUCAAGGAUGGCCUGGAGGUGAUGCUCAGUGUCCCAAAGAAAGCCAAUGAUGCCAUGCAUGUCAGCAUGCUGGAAGGGUUCGACGAGAACCUGGAUGUGCAGGGAGAGCUGAUUCUCCAGGAUGCCUUCCAAGUGUGGGACCCAAAGUCGCUGAUCCGGAAGGGGCGGGAGCGGCACUUGUUCCUCUUUGAGAUCUCCUUGGUUUUUAGCAAGGAGAUCAAGGACUCUUCAGGACACACGAAAUAUGUUUACAAGAACAAGCUACUGACCUCAGAGCUGGGUGUGACUGAGCACGUAGAAGGUGAUCCCUGCAAAUUCGCCUUGUGGUCUGGGCGCACCCCCUCCUCAGACAAUAAAACAGUACUUAAGGCCUCCAACAUAGAAACCAAGCAGGAGUGGAUCAAGAACAUUCGAGAGGUGAUUCAAGAAAGGAUCAUUCACCUGAAAGGAGCUUUAAAGGAGCCGAUUCAACUCCCCAAAACACCAGCCAAACAGAGGAACAAUAGUAAGAGGGACGGAGUGGAGGAUGUUGACAGCCAAGGGGAUGGAAGCAGCCAGCCAGAUACCAUCUCUAUCGCCUCCAGGACCUCUCAGAAUACAGUGGACAGUGACAAGCUCUCUGGUGGAUGUGAGUUGACCGUGGUCCUCCAGGACUUCAACGCGGGCCACAGCAGCGAGCUGACCAUCCAGGUGGGGCAGACGGUGGAACUGCUGGAGCGGCCCAGCGAGCGACCAGGCUGGUGUCUGGUCCGCACCACGGAACGGAGCCCCCCCCAGGAGGGCCUGGUUCCCAGCAGCGCCCUGUGCAUCUCCCACUCCCGAAGCAGCGUGGAGAUGGACUGCUUCUUCCCCUUGGUGAAAGAUGCAUACUCUCAUUCCUCAAGUGAAAAUGGAGGCAAGUCUGAGUCAGUGGCCAACCUCCAGUCUCAGCCCUCCCUGAACUCCAUCCACAGCUCCCCCGGGCCCAAGCGUUCCACCAACACCCUUAAGAAGUGGCUGACCAGUCCCGUGCGCCGGCUCAACAGCGGGAAAGCAGAUGGAAAUAUCAAGAAGCAGAAAAAAGUACGAGAUGGCCGGAAGAGCUUCGACCUGGGCUCUCCCAAGCCUGGGGAUGAGACAACACCUCAGGGAGACAGUGCCGAUGAGAAGAACAAGAAAGGUUGGGGCGAAGAUGAGCCAGACGAAGAGUCACACACCCCUCUCCCGCCUCCUAUGAAGAUCUUUGACAAUGACCCUACGCAGGACGAGAUGUCCUCCUCUUUGCUAGCAGCCCGGCAGGCUUCCACUGAAGUACCUUCUGCUGCAGACCUUGUCAGUGCAAUAGAACAAUUGGUCAAAAGCAAGCUGAGUCUAGAAGGAGGCUCAUACCGGGGAAGCUUGAAAGACCCUGUAGGCUGCCUGAAUGAGGGGAUGACUCCACCCACACCUCCUAGAAACCUGGAAGAAGAACAGAAAGCCAAGGCCCUGAGAGGCCGGAUGUUUGUCCUGAAUGAGCUGGUACAGACAGAAAAAGACUAUGUCAAGGAUCUGGGGAUUGUGGUGGAGGGCUUCAUGAAGAGAAUAGAAGAAAAGGGUGUCCCUGAGGACAUGCGAGGGAAGGAUAAAAUCGUGUUUGGAAAUAUUCACCAGAUUUACGACUGGCAUAAGGAUUUUUUCUUGGCUGAACUGGAAAAAUGUAUCCAGGAGCAAGACAGACUGGCCCAGCUCUUUAUUAAACAUGAGCGGAAGCUGCACAUCUACGUGUGGUACUGCCAGAACAAGCCGCGCUCUGAGUACAUCGUCGCCGAGUACGACGCUUACUUCGAAGAGGUGAAACAGGAGAUCAACCAAAGGCUGACACUUAGUGACUUCCUUAUCAAGCCCAUUCAGAGAAUCACUAAAUACCAGUUGCUCCUCAAGGACUUCCUGAGAUACAGUGAGAAGGCUGGUUUGGAGUGUUCCGAUAUUGAGAAAGCCGUGGAGUUAAUGUGCCUUGUUCCAAAACGCUGCAAUGACAUGAUGAAUCUGGGACGCCUACAGGGCUUUGAGGGCACCCUGACCGCCCAGGGGAAGCUGCUACAGCAGGACACGUUCUAUGUAAUUGAGCUGGACACAGGCAUGCAGUCCCGGACCAAGGAAAGGCGUGUAUUCCUCUUUGAACAAAUCGUCAUCUUCAGUGAACUGCUAAGGAAGGGCUCCCUCACCCCGGGCUACAUGUUCAAAAGGAGCAUCAAGAUGAAUUACUUGGUCCUGGAGGAGAACGUGGACAAUGACCCCUGCAAGUUUGCACUCAUGAAUAGAGAGACUUCUGAGAGGGUCAUUCUGCAAGCUGCCAAUGCGGACAUCCAGCAGGCCUGGGUGCAGGACAUCAAUCAAGUCUUAGAAACACAGCGAGACUUCUUAAAUGCCCUACAGUCACCCAUUGAGUACCAGCGGAAAGAAAGGAGCACGGCCGUGAUGAGGUCCCAGCCAUCCAGGGUUCCCCAAGCCAGCCCCAGGCCCUACUCCUCUGUCCCCGCGGGCUCUGAGAAGCCCCCAAAGGGCUCCAGCUAUAACCCACCUCUGCCACCCCUGAAGAUAUCUACCUCCAAUGGCAGUCCUGGGUUUGACUACCACCAGCCUGGGGACAAGUUCGAGGCCAGCAAGCAGGGUGACCUGGGAGGCUGCAAUGGGACCUCAUCCAUGGCUGUGAUCAAAGAUUACUAUGCACUGAAGGAGAACGAAAUCUGUGUGAGCCAAGGUGAGGUGGUCCAGGUCCUCGCCGUCAACCAGCAGAGCAUGUGCCUGGUGUACCAGCCCGCCAGCGACCGCUCCCCUGCGGCAGAGGGCUGGGUCCCGGGCAGCGUCCUGGCGCCCCUCCCCAAAGCCACAGCAGCCACAGAAAAUAGUGACGGAAGCAUCAAGAAGUCAUGUUCAUGGCAUACUCUACGAAUGAGAAAGCGGGCGGAAGUGGAGCACACGGGUAAAAAUGAAGCCACAGGGCCUCGUAAACCCAAGGAUAUUCUGGGCAACAAAGUCUCUGUUAAAGAGACGAACAGUUCCGAGGAGUCAGAGUGUGAUGAUCUUGACCCUAAUACUAGCAUGGAGAUCUUAAAUCCAAAUUUCAUCCAAGAAGUGGCCCCAGAAUUCCUUGUGCCCUUAGUGGAUGUGACCUGCUUGCUUGGGGACACAGUGACACUGCAGUGCAAAGUCUGUGGGCGGCCAAAGCCCACCAUCACCUGGAAGGGGCCAGACCAGAACAUCCUUGACACAGACAACAGCUCGGCCACAUAUACCGUCUCCUCCUGUGAUUCAGGGGAAAUCACCUUGAAGAUCUGCAAUCUGAUGCCCCAAGACAGUGGGAUUUAUACCUGCAUAGCAACAAAUGACCAUGGCACCACAUCCACGUCUGCUACAGUUAAAGUGCAAGGUGUUCCGGCGGCCCCUAACCGCCCCAUUGCCCAGGAGAGAAGCUGCACCUCCGUGAUCCUCCGCUGGCUGCCUCCCUCCAGCACGGGAAACUGCACGAUUUCUGGUUACACCGUGGAGUACAGAGAGGAAGGUUCCCAGGCCUGGCAGCAGUCCGUGGCUUCGACCUUGGACACUUACCUCGUCAUCGAAGACCUCAGUCCUGGGAGUCCUUAUCAGUUCCGAGUCAGCGCCAGCAAUCCCUGGGGAAUCAGCCUUCCCAGCGAGCCCUCGGAGUUUGUGCGACUCCCCGAGUACGAUGCUGCUGCUGAUGGUGCCACCAUUUCUUGGAAGGAAAAUUUUGAUUCAGCUUAUACUGAGCUGAAUGAAAUUGGAAGGGGCCGUUUCUCCAUAGUGAAGAAGUGUAUUCACAAAGCUACGCGGAAGGACGUCGCAGUGAAAUUCGUUAGCAAAAAAAUGAAGAAAAAAGAGCAGGCUGCCCACGAGGCUGCCCUGCUUCAGCACCUGCAACACCCCCAGUACAUCACUCUCCAUGACACCUAUGAGUCCCCCACGUCCUACAUCCUGAUUCUGGAGCUGAUGGACGAUGGCCGGCUCUUAGACUACCUUAUGAAUCACGAUGAGCUGAUGGAAGAGAAAGUCGCUUUCUACAUCCGGGACAUCAUGGAAGCUCUUCAGUACCUCCACAACUGCAGGGUGGCCCAUUUGGACAUAAAGCCCGAAAACCUGCUCAUUGACCUACGCAUCCCAGUGCCUCGGGUGAAGCUCAUUGACCUGGAGGACGCCGUCCAGAUCUCGGGUCACUUCCACAUCCACCACCUGCUGGGGAACCCCGAGUUCGCUGCCCCAGAAGUGAUCCAAGGCAUCCCUGUCUCCCUGGGCACAGACAUCUGGAGCAUUGGGGUUCUGACAUACGUCAUGCUGAGUGGGGUGUCCCCCUUCUUGGACGAGAGCAAAGAGGAGACCUGUAUCAAUGUGUGCAGAGUGGACUUCAGCUUCCCGCACGAAUACUUCUGCGGCGUGAGCAAUGCCGCCAGAGACUUCAUCAAUGUGAUCCUGCAGGAAGACUUUCGCAGGAGGCCCACGGCAGCCACGUGCCUGCAGCACCCCUGGCUGCAGCCCCAUAACGGCAGCUACUCCAAGAUCCCCCUGGACACCUCCCGCCUGGCGUGCUUCAUAGAACGCCGCAAGCAUCAGAACGACGUGCGGCCUGUGCCCAAUGUCAAGAGCUACAUCGUCAACCGGGUCAACCAAGGGACGUAGUCGUCUCCUCACCCUUGGGGUUCCACAUGGCAGUGCAGUGUGAACCAAAGCAAGACUGAAUGUCUGUAAAUAGUUCUGUUCAUUUGCUCCACGCAGUUCUCUGGCUUGAGGGACGGACCUCUUCAACCUUGUCCGUGGCUAUUCAGGGUCUGGGCAGCGGCAAAAUUACCCUCAACCCAAGGGCUUUCCAGAAGGCCAUUUAGAAGACAAAGAUGUGAAGAGUCACCUAGAGUGUUAAAGAGAGGGGGCAAGGAUACCAAGAAUAUGAGCCGUUAUGAAAUUUUAACAGUGAGUUCCACAACGGGCGGUGAGCUGGGCAAAGCUGCAGCUCCAAGUAGCAAGCGUAAAAGGUUUCUAACCCUGCUGAAAUUGGAAGCAAGAAAGUUCUAUUUAACAGAGGUGUCACGUAUGUCCACUCUUCUGGUUUAGAUUACUUUGAUAUAGUUUCUUAAUAGCAUUCACAUAUACAGUAAAAUAGAUCCCAUUCGGGUUUCAGAGUUUUAUAAUAUAGAGGUAUAUAUGACCUCGAUCCUAAGUAACUUUGAGCACUCCGAUUAAGACAGUCCUUUAUUUAUCAAAGCAUUACAUUGUUUUGACUAAGCACAAUAAGAUGACAAGUUUUUUAGAGCAUUUUAUAAAUCUUGUAUAGAAAUCUCUUACCAGAACCCAUGCAUUAAGAGAAAGCAAUGUUACCCUUUUGCAAUCUGUGAAUGAGAAGCUUUUUCUCUCAGUCACGAGUAUCUGAUUAACAUAGAUUCUGUAUAUGAAACGCUACCCCCAAAUUCACUGGCAGCUCAGAGUUUAUCUGGCAGGAAAGCCUGCCAGGAAAUAAGUCCAAAUACAGUUAAGAGUUGUGGGGCUAUUUUUAUGUCUACACUCGGUUUGAACUAGGUAAUGAAUAAAACAGGUUCACACAAAAGGGCAAAUAGAAAACUUUCCUACGGUUCCUAUGAACAACGUUAACAACACUUUCUGACUUCUUCUACAGCUGUAGAAGGCAGUCCUCAGAAAGUUGGCUUGCUUUAUUUCUAACCCCUUCUGGAAGCUGAGGGGUGCUUACCAAAAGGAGGCAGCCAUAUAGGCCUUUAAAGGCCUGGUCCCAAGUCCUUUUUGAAGCCAUGGAAUAAAAUCUGAUACAUCACUCGGACAGAGCAUUGAGUUUUAACUGCGUUUGCCGUACCUGUCACCACACAGCCGCUGACAUUUCUCUGGACCAAAAGGACUAAUUGCACUUUGAGGCCAAUGCUGCUUUCUGGUGCGUAUUCUCCACACAAGAUGAUUAUGAACUGCCCUUUCCCCCCACGCUGGUGGAAAACAAACAAAAAAAUCAGCCUGGGCAUUUCAUGGUUGUUUUUCUUUCUUGGUUUCUGGGGAAAAUUUUCUGUUUUUUUUUUUCUGUUGGUCCAUGAUCCACGCUUUGUUUUCUAGGAUGUGUUUUGAAAAUUGCUAUUAUGCAAAAUUACUUUAAAAACGUAACUCAAGUGUUUGUCCUCAAAUCAGGUUUAAUGGCACUGCUUCUCUCCUAUAAUAGGGUUGAGAAAAUUGUGCAAGCAGAGAGUUUAUGAGGGAUAAAUAGAAUUACACAUCUAUCUAAAUGAAAAGGAUAGUAGACGUUAAGCCUGAACUUUAAUAUAUAAAAACCCUUAUUCCCACAGUGGAAAUGUAAAAUUAAAAGUACCCGUCUUUCUUUUCCGUCUGUUUCAGAGUCACCUUCCUCAUCCACCCUCCAGCUCAUCCCAUCCGAGACUAUAGAUUAAUCAAUGACUAAGAAGUACAAGCAAUAAGACUAGGUAGCACUUCGUAUUUUUAGGAUUAACCAAAUACGUGGAAACUGAUUUCAUCUGUAUUUGGUUCCUAGUUUGGGAUGGCCCUGGGUCACCAAGGCACCCUCCCUCAGAGCCCACCCCUGACUAACCCUCCUAAUCUCCAUUUAGCUCUACAUGUAUAUACAAAUGCUAUCUGAUAUGAUAUUUUAAAAUUUAAAACAUAUUUACUAAAAAAAAAUUUUUUUUAAGUAAACAUGUCUUCAUUGUGAGCUCUAGCCUAAAAGAAGAACGCCUGGUCCCUAGGGCUGGUCACGGGACAGAGGGCAGGUGCUGAGGAUUCCAAACACCCAUGGAGUGUGGCUUGGCAAGGUCUGUUUCGUCCACUGUGUGCAAUGACUAAAGAACUCCCUGCUGAGUCUUUUCGAGUUUUUAUGACCAUGGAAGAGAUAGGCUGAGUUUCUGCAGGAGAAGAUUAGGGCCUCGGACAGUGGUGCACAGAAGACACAGGAGAACAUUCACGAAACCGUGUUGUGGGAAGGCAGCUGACAGAUUGUUAGAGCCAAAGCUUUUAUAUCAGCAUCUCCAGGAGAGUUGGGACAGCCCAGGUGUGGGGUUGUGCAGAAUCUCUCCUCCCCCCAGUAUACAUGUUGGGGAAGUGAGGAGAUGGGAGAGGUGAGACAUAGAAAUGCAAAGUAGUAUGAUUCUGUUAACCGGAGCCAAAGUACAAUCAUUAGAGUAGAAUUAAUUUAAUAGACGCCCCAAGAAAAAAGGGCAUGUAUUUUAUAUAGCUUGGUCACUGAAGAAAACUAACAGAGAGGUGUCCUGUCUCCAAAGCCCCUGCUUCUUCCCCAACAGGAGUAAGAUAGCAGUCCUGCUUUGAGAAUGCUCCACAGCCAGUUGGAAAGAAAAAGGAAUCCCCGAAAGUAGGGCUGGGAAAUGUACUUGAGGUUGCUGUGUGGGUGACCGUAGUGAGGGAUGAAGGAUUAGAAACCAGUUUCUUGUACCUGUUUUCGCAGAUAGUUAUGACUUUGUGGUAGAGAGACGGGGAGAAGAGAAAAUGGUCCGCGUCUGCCAUAUUGUCAUAGUUCUUGAAAUCAAAACUGAACUAGGAAUUAGUGUGAACUUCCAGCUGAAAUGGGAAAAAUUAAUGUCAGUUGAAGUCAUAAGUUUCUUGCCUGGCUUAUAUUCUUUGCAUAGAGUUUGGGGUUUGUUUUGUUUUGUCAGGGUGGGAUGCAGAGAGAAGGCAAAGAUCAGGGACAACUCAUAUUAAUUUUUCUAAAGAUUUAAUGAUUUACUACAUCUUUUACAUUUGUUUCAAAUUAAAUAGAUUUAUAUCCACGUACAGCUGAAUGUUGGGAAAAUUUUUAAGAAAAAAAAAAUUGUAAUGUUGGAGGAUGUCCUUCUGGACUCUCACAGCCAUAAACACUCUUGGGGGAGUAGAGGGAGCAGAGGGAAAGCUGGCUUCACCACUUUGUUGUUCACAAAGCCUUUAUAAAUAGUAGUGCCUUUCAGAGGGGAGGUUGGGAGAUAAAGAAGUUCAUUGUAUUUAGAUUGACUGAUACUGCAGCAUUUUUUUUAUGUUAAAAUAUCUUUUAAAUGAAAACAUCUGGAUAUAGGGUGAGGCCAGGAAUUCUUGAGUUUCAACCUCAGCUAUUCCUGAUUCGUCCUUUCUUACAGAAAGUCUUUGUUUUUUUUCUGUCCCAAAUGUCCUCAUUGUUAAAAUGGGAAGUGGGGGAAGGAGGAGGGACUUUAAUCUCAUAGGAAUGUUGCAAAAAUAGCAUAGUUGGGAUGUCUAAAGAAUACUUUGAUUUUCUUAAAGUGCUACACACUGCCAGUGCUGAGAAUUUUAUUAACAGUAACUUUGAACAUUCUGAGUUUUCAGUAUUCAUAUUUUAGGAUACCAUUUGCAAACUCAUGAGAUUAAAUUCUGUAAAUUGAUUUUAAUUGGAAGUACCAGGUGCUCUUCGUCUAAAUGUUAUUUGGUCUUAGCCUGUAAUUUCAGUCAUUUGAAAGCUUGUCUACAGACAAAGGUUAGGAGAGCUGAUGGUCUUACAGGAAUAAGCUGUUUUCUCCGGUAUUUCUGAUGGCAGAGCCAGAGUAGAAUGCCCUGCAAAGCGACUGCUGCUCUCUCUUCUCAAGCUUUAUGCUCUGGAAAAAUUGAUGGAGAAGAACUCAAACAGCCACUUUCCUCACUGGAAGGGCAGAAAUGAGAAUAAACUACUGUUUGAUAUCACAACUCAUUUCUUCAGAAUCUCACCGGCAUCCAUUAUAAGAGACAAAUUAUAUGCACAGGUGCAGAAAUGAAUUGAACUGCUGAAUUUUGAAGGGAAAACCUUGGAUCUUUUUUUUUUUUUUUUAGGAUAAUUAGAUGUUUCGGGGGUAGCAUAUUUGCUUUCCUAUACUAUCCAUGAUUUAAUGCCCAAGAGUUAGGCAUUCCUUGUUCGCUUGCCUAUGUAAAAGAGCAGGGAAAUUUAAACUUGUGAGAACAUGAGGAAGCAAAGGCAUUAUAAAUUAGAUGGUGGUUAUUUCUGCAUAUUAACUAAAACUUUGUCCCACAAAUUUGAUAGAGGAGGAAAUACUAUAGACCUAAAGGGUCUCUGUAGUAAGGCAAAAGUGCCAACUCACCACUUCCUUGUUCAGUUUUGAGGAAUGUGGGCUUUACUCCUUUUUCUCCUGUGUAGCAUCUCUGUGGAGUCUGGGUUAGGCUAACAUAGUAUGUGGGCUUCCAAUGAAUUUAUUUGCAUUAUGGCUUUUCUAUUUACUAUUUAAAGUCUAGGGAUCUUUUGGAAAUUAAUAAUUAAAUCUGGGGUGGAUUUAGAAAAGACAAGGUUUAUAUAUACUCCACAAAGAAAAGGAAAGCUACUGUGUUAAUAUUUAUUUUCUAAAAACUGUAAGGCUCUCAGUUGUUUCACUAUUUCUAGAGGGUUAAAAAGAGCUGAAAUUUGUCUAUAGCACUAGACAGUUUUAAUAGGAAAUAUUAUUCAUGUGAGAAAUCCAUAUAGAAAUAGAACACAGAAAUAUCAUAGGCCAUAUUUUCAAAGAAAAACAUUUCUGCAUUUUCCAUGUUUGUAGAAGGUAUAGCAGAGGAAAAAGCAAUUACUCUAGGGCAAAUUUUCAUCUUUAAGGGACAUUCUUGAAAUUAAUACUCAUGAAAGCCUGAAAUACUCAUAGGCUACUGUGUUUUCUUGUCAGCCUGUUUGCUGGGAGAUUCUAAAAUACGAUCGGGUUUCGCUUUAUUCACAUGAUCAAGAUCAACUGUUUCUUCAGAUAGCGUUAUUUCAGAGGGUGAGGAUAGUUGAAAAAAGGGAGAGUGGUGGGGAAAAAGUGCAGAUAAAAUUCCUAGCGUCCCAACUUAAGCAAGCCAAUUUGCUAGCCCAGGGAGAGCGAGCAUUAAGAAGAGUUCCAUCAACACCUGACUUCUAUCAAGAAAUGAAUCCACAUCCUGGAGUAUUAUGGGGACUUUUACCAUGAUCUCAGAGACUGUGGUUAUGAAUUUGAAGUCAGCAAACAUACAUAUUCUCUUACUAACUUAAGCCAUAUCUGUCAUCUCUUUGUCUGAUUUUUUUGACCCUGGUGCUUUUACUUCUGUUUCUGCCAAACUCCAACCUGCUCUAUGGGGAAGGUGAGUAACACCAGUAGUUAGGACAAAUGUGAAGACUGAAAAACUAAACAUACCCAUCAGAAUGAGAUCCUAGUCAGAGAACGGCAGUGAUCAAAGUGCAAACUGUUGGAAAAUAUGGAUAUAUGUACAUCUGUACAUGUACAUAGUGUAUAAUAUGUAUGUAUAUGUUCUUGCUCAUAUGCAGAAAUCUAUCCAGUUGAAGACAGCCCAGGUUGGUCAGUUUUUCUACUGGAAAACCAUUAGGGCCAUUCAAAACCAUUAGGGCUGAUGGGUGGAGUUCGAGCUUACUCAACUGGGAAUUGUUUGCUGUCCUUUGAAGUCCACAAAACCAAAUGAACAAAGCCUGAGACAUAAUGGGGCCAUCGUUGAAGCUGUUUACCUAGGGUCACGAGUCUCUUUAUAUUUGAAUUAUUAAUUAUUUGUUUGCAAACUGCAUUGGCACCUCUUGGUUUUGAGUGACCCCCCUCCCCACCAAGUCUUUUGAGAGUUUGGAGGGGGCUUCUCUGGCCUCAGAUAAAGGGCCUUAAUCCAUAAGUGGAUAGGUUUCCCCAUAGGGACCAUUACACAUAUACAUAUAAGUACAUACGUCCAUCAGGCUUGUAACAAUUGAUUUAAAAUCACUCCACAGUAUUGAUAAAUAGCUCUAUAUUUUCAAGGUGCAGAAGAAUUCCACAGCCUUAAUUAUUUCAGUGUCUUGCUGGUCUGCCUUAAGUGUAUCUUCUGGGUUUUUGGUUGUCUUAUUAUUUUUAAAUUUUUCUGCAGUUCAUUUUGUAUGCACACAAUGUCGUUUUGUAAAGGUAGGUUGUAAAUAUUUUAUUUGUAAGUCAAAAUCACUCAUGUGUAAUGUUGUAAAGUGAAGACCUGCUGUCUUGUUGUUACUACAGUAUAUGUUAUAAGUUAUGGAUGAAACUUCAAAAUGUACAUCUCACAAGUUAUGCAUUCCUAUAAAUAUACUAUACUAAAGAUAUUAUU